AUGAAUCCCAUGAUCGAGGAGCCUAGCCCCCCAACCCGGAAUUCCCGGCCAUGCCGAAGCCCAAGGCAAAGAGGCCCACGCCGCCACGGGCUCACCGGCGAUCCACCGCCGCGGGCGCGGGCGCGGGCGGGCUGGGCCUGGCGGCCGCGGCGUACGUGGGCGUGGACUACGCGCGCCGCCACCUGCCGCCGGCGUGGUGGCGGUGGCACGGCCGGCUGCAGCCGGCGCUCUGGGGGGCGCUGGCGCUGGCCGCCGCCGCGCGCGCGCCCUUCUACCGCCGGUGGGACGCCGAGCUCCGCGCCGCGCCGCGGUUCCUCGCCGCCAUGGCGCUCAUGCUCGCCGCGUUCCUCUGCGAGGCCGUCUCCGUCCGCUUCGUCUCCACCGUCCUCGGCCUCCAUUGGCACCGAUCUACAGCUCCUCUUCCCGACACUGGGCAGUGGCUGCUUCUAGCAUUGAAUGAGAAACUUCCGCAAAUUGUGGUUGAUCUCCUCAGAGCACCCAUCAUCAGUCUUCAUCACUAUCUGAUGUUGUUUAUCAUGCUGGGGUUUUCAGCUCUGUUUGACUGCAUCAAAGGCCCUGGACUUGGCAUAGCUGCAAGAUAUAUGUUCACAAUGGCAGUUGGACGUUCGCUGCGGACUGUAACAUUUCUUGCUACGAUUCUACCAUCCGCGAGGCCUUGGUGUGCUGAAGCUCGAUAUCAAAUACCUGAUCAUCCUCAUCCUUGGGCACAGAAAUACUAUGCUCCAUAUGCCUCUGAUCCAGAUGCGAUCCGUAGGGUCAUACAAGAGGAUAUGCCAUAUGCUUUCGUUAAAGAGUACCCUCGUGAGUAUAGACCUAAGUGGGGACAUAUGAGCUUCUUAGUAGACAUUUUGAGGCCAACUGUUGAAGAGGGGUCCUCAUGGUAUCAUUUUCUGAAGAAGGCAAGUGGUGGCUGCAGUGAUCUUAUGUAUAGUGGCCACAUGCUUGUUGCUGUCCUCACCGCUAUGGCAUGGACGGAAGCAUAUGGGGGAUGGAUCUCUGUUGUUAUAUGGUUUCUUGUCCUCCACAGCGCUCAGAGGGAGAUACGGGAGCGCCAUCAUUACAGUGUUGAUUGCAUCGUGGCAAUCUACGUCGGAAUCCUCUUGUGGAGGAUGACUGGUUUCAUUUGGUCUGCGAUAGACAACAGUCAUGCCAGAAGGCUUGCAAAGCUCGACAAGGUUCAGAACAGACUAUUUCAGGCUGCAAAAGAUUCAGACAUGGAUGAAAUAAGGGGUCUGCUGAACGAAGUUGAGCUGGCUGGCCAAGAGAGGAAGGGCUUCUCGCAGCGUGUCAUCUUGUCUUUCUCCUCUGCUAUGAUAGUUUUCACCCUCUCAUGUGUUCUCCUAGCAUUCACACUAACCAGCGAUGGAUGAUUUCUUCGCAGGCUUCAUACUUUCAGUUUCAUAUUGGCAGAUUGAGUUUUACUUUUACAUGAUCCCAGCUCUAGAUUUUUUUUGUAGUGUAGGUUGAGAGAUUACGUUGAUGCUACUUACCUAGUAGUUGAAUUAGCAGUGAAACUUGUUUCAGGGGUGCUCUCUCUUGGCACUAAAUUUUUGUUGAUAUCUGUAGCAAACAAAAUCUAGAUACUUGUGAGGAAAAUAAGGAUUAUCUCCUGUGUUACAGUUGUUGAGAAGCCCUUUGCUAAUGAGAUGAGAUGGUUAUGACGAUAAUGGUGGUGGAUGUGUUAGAGAAUUAGUGAUGGGAAACCAUGUGAACCAUUGAUGCAAUAAUGCAUUUUAAUUUGUUUUUUCA